CCGAUGCUGGUCUGCUCUAUUCGACCGUCAAGCCGUGGAUGACGCGUGCUGGCGAGGUCGCGGGAUUCGCCGGCGUCGUGCGACCUUAUAAUCUCCGCUACGGAUCGGGCCGGGCAUUCGACGACGAGGGUAGGUGCACUUAGAAGGCAUCCCAGAUGUUCAUCUCGCAUGUCUCGGUAGCUAACGACAAGCGGCAGGCUGUAUGAGCGAGGCGCUGCGUAACGUGAUCAUGCAGCAUAACGAUCCACGCACCUUUGUCCGACACUAUCUUCCGCGGCGCGUCAACGUCGACCUGCAGGCCAUUGUGCGUGGACUUGAACCACAGGCGGAGGUGAUGCAGGCUAGUUGCCGUAUGCUACGGUCUUUGGAUCGACGCCGGCCGUACAAGCUGACAGCAGAGCAAUCGAAGUCUGUCAACCAAGACCCUCGCGUGCUCCGCUUGGAGCGCCGGCGAGAUCGUCACCGGGGUCGACCGACUCGGCAGGAGGAGUCCCGACGGGUGGAACGCGACCUCAGGAACCUGAAGCAGCGCCUGCGCGCGAAGCUUCGCCGCAAUAUCCGCGAGAGCUGGGACCGCGAGCAGGCGAUCAAAGACAUCCAGCACCAGUUGGCGGGCGGGUCGUUUGAGGACAUUCGCGAGCAACAUCUGGGCUCCGUCGAGCGCACGCCGGAGCACAAGCGGCUUAUCACGGCGCUCAUGUCGCUACCGGGCGCAACCCUCGAAGAGGAGAUGCAGCGACGGAACGAGGCGAUCAACGCGGUGGCCGCGUACUGUCACUUGGAGGAGAGCUACCGUCCGAAUCAGCCCGGCGGAUGCCGUCUCGACACGGUCCCCCCGGCGAAGAUGGACCCGGAACGCGAGACGGCCGAUCUCAUCGAAAAAAUAUUGAAGGCAGCGAAGUGUAUGGUGUUCGCGAACGAACAAAACAAGCGACCACUUAAGUGCUUUGUUUGUUUUGGCGACACGAACAAGUCAUGGCAUCAGCGGGUCUAUGAUUUUGCCAGGCCUGGGGACCUUAGCAAGCAUUUUAAGAAAUAUCAUCUGACUCAUCUUGAGGCGAACGCGACGAUCAAAUGCGAGGUCUGCAAUAUAACUUUAGGUCACCGGAAGCAUUUCCAGCGUCAUGCACUAGCCACCCAUGGGACGGUGUCAUGAUCAUUAAUGCACCAGAGGAGUGUCAUUUCUCUGAUUUCGUUGUCGCAGUCCAGUCCGAUCUGCGCCUCCAAGGAGGCUUUUCUGCAAGUGUGCGCAUGUUUAACGUAGUGUGGAAUCAAAUAUAAUUAUGUAUUGAUUAUGCUAGAUCGAGAGC